GCCUCCCCAAAUGAAUAAUUUGGAAGUGAGCAGUGCUGAAUCUGAUGUGAGGAGCAGUCUGCGAGUGAUACAGAUUCAACUACAAAACAACAAUAUGAAGCCCUGGUGGGUUCUUGUUUUUCUAUGGUUGGCAUGUUUCUGCCAUGGAGCUCUUUCCUGCCCAAUCUCUGCAAAUGUUACCCUAGAAGAAAUGAGGUGGUCUGUAAUGAGGUUCCCCUGACAGAGUUCCCCUCUGAGGGUCUCCCGGAGAACACCACCCUGCUGACUAUCCAGUUCACAAACAUCACCUCCAUAUCCAAAGAGCAUCUAAAUGCCAUACCCAUGCUGCAAGGGCUCCACCUGUACAGCAACCAGUUGCACAGCCUUCCCUCUCAUCUCCUCAGGGGUGUUCCUCACCUCAACACUUUGGAUCUCACCGGAAACAAGCUGAGCGAUCUGCCUGCAGAUGUCUUCAGCCAUGCCCCACUGCAGAGUUUGGUGCUGAAGAAUAACCUGAUUAAAAAAGCUGAUGCAGAGUGGCUUUCUGAUAAUAGCAGCCUGACCUGGCUGGACUUAUCUGAAAACCAGUUAACAGAGGUCCCAAGUACUUUGCUUCAGAAACUGCCCCACCUGGAAAAUCUGGACCUUUCCAACAACCGUCUGGAGAAGAUACCAGUAAAUUCUCUGAACCCACUGACCAAACUCGAGAGGCUAAGCUUGCAGAACAACAAGCUCAACACGCUGGAUGCAUCUGUAUUUCAGAGCAUGCAGAGCCUCACGCAUCUCUUCCUCACUCAGAAUAUGCUCAGCAAACUGCCCCAAAACCUGUUUCAGGAACUCGCUCUGCUCAGACACCUGAAUCUGGAUGAAAACCAGCGCCACAUCCCUCCAGGUUUGCUGGAUCAUCUGCGCUCGCUCGAUGCGGACGGCCUGGACCUGACUGUCAAUCCCUGGCUCUGUGAUGAGAAGGUGGAAUAUCUCUGGAGAUGGCUUCAGAAUAACAAGAAGAAAGUUUUCAUGCCAGAGAUCAUCGCGUGUGCUGGACCUCAGGCUCUAGCAGGGCGCUCAGUAAUGUCACUAACAGCAAAUGAACUGAACCUUCAGUCUUAAUAUUCCUCAUGCUGGUUAUUAUCUAGCAUGAAAAUAGAUCCAGUUCAGCCUGUAUGAUUUCAAUCUGUGAAACAUGCUCAUUUUGUGUGACUAUAAAUAAAAAUAUAAAUCUAA